AUGAAGCUACAGGCCGUCCUCGCAUUGGGCGCUGCCAUCCAGUCUGCCUCGGUUGCCGCUGUUCCGUUUGAACAAAUCCCUCUCGCUGAUCACGUACCCAGUACCAAGGCACCGCUACCCCAGACUGAAAAGUAUCUUAUUGAAUUGGCUCCAUACGACACGCGUUGGGUGACCGAAGAGGAGAAGUGGAAACUCAAGCUUGAUGGAGUCAAUUUCAUUGAUAUCACCGAAGAAACCCAAGCCGGCUUCUACCCCAAGUUCUUCACAAGCAACGCCGUGCAAUAUCCUACCAAGCUCCCCCACAAUGACACCAUCAAGUCGUUAUCCACGAAACUAGACAAGAAGAAUAUGCAACACAACCUAGAACACUUCACUUCCUUCCACACCAGAUAUUACAAAUCGCAAUAUGGAAUUGAAUCCGCUACCUGGCUAUAUGAGCAGAUUAGCGACAUUAUUAAGAAGUCCGGCGCCGCUGCUCACGGGGCUACGGUGGAGAAGUUUGCCCACCCGUGGGGCCAAUUCAGCACCAUUGCACGUAUCCCUGGACAAACCAACAAGACCGUGGUCUUGGGUGCUCACCAGGAUAGCAUCAACUUGUUCCUUCCCUCUAUUCUUGCCGCUCCCGGCGCAGAUGACGAUGGAAGCGGAACUGUGACAAUUCUAGAAGUGCUGCGCACUCUGCUUUUGUCUCCGGAUAUUGUUGCUGGCAAUGCUACCAAUACAAUCGAGUUCCAUUGGUACUCUGCUGAAGAGGGCGGUCUGCUCGGCUCUCAAGCCGUCUUCUCCAACUACCGACAGAAUGAUCGCGAUAUCAAAGCCAUGUUGCAACAGGAUAUGACUGGAUUCGUGCAGGGCACACUCGAUGCUGGCAAAGAAGAGUCUGUUGGGGUUAUUAUAGACUUUGUUGACGCGCCAUUGACACAAUUCAUCAAAGACAUUAUUACCCAGUACUGUGAUAUCCCAUUUGUCGAGACCAAGUGUGGCUAUGCCUGCUCCGACCACGCAUCCGCCAGCCGCUAUGGCUAUCCUUCUGCUUUUGUCAUUGAGUCCGAGUUCCAAGAUAGCGACAAGCACAUUCACUCCACGGAUGAUUUGAUCAAAUACCUGAGCUUCGACCACAUGCUUCAACAUGCCAAGAUGAGCUUGGCCUUUGCCUACGAACUUGCAUAUGCUCCUUUGUAA